AUGGAAACUGCAGCGCCAGCGAAGCGACAAUGGAAGGGCCGCACCGACGAGCAGAAAGCCGAGCGAGCCCGAAAGCGCCAGCAACAAAAGACUAGCAAGAAGCCAACAAAAGUGCAACGCGUGUUCACCAAACUUGAAGAAUGGAAGCCAGAAGAUUUGGGAUUCAAAGUCGGCAUCAAAGAAAUCGAGUUUGGACCAGACUUCGUGGUGCAAGAGUAG